AUGUCCAGCUGGCAAGACAUCUGCCACUUUAAGCGCGGGCUUCAAGCUGGAAACAUCCCAUUCGACUGGCGUCUGAAAUCACUUCCUGAUGAUUACAAGUCAUCCAUCCCGAUUGUUGAAAGCUGUGGCAUCUUGACAGCUGAGGAACUGGAAAUCACCAAUACCGAUGCCUCGAUCUUAGUCCCAAAGUUACAGACUGGAGAGUUGACGGCUGUCAAGGUUGUCACUGCUUUUUGCAAACGAGCUGCAGUGUUGCAACAACUGACAAAAUGUUGUACUGAGCUCAUGUUUAGCGAUGCUUUGGAGACUGCCGAAAGACUGGACGAAGAGCUCGCCAAAACUGGGAGGCCAUCUGGUCCUCUCCAUGGUCUACCUAUCUCUUUGAAAGAUUGCUGUGAGGUGGAAGGCUACGAUGCUUGUGUUGGCUGGGCAGGUUUAUGCUUCAAUCCUACUGAGCAGCACAGUGUGUCUACCAUUGCACAGGCUGUACGUCUCGGAGCUGUCUUGUAUGUUAAGACCAACAUCCCACAAAGUAUGAUGAUGUCGGACAGCUACAAUCACGUGUUUGGACAAAGCGUCAACUCUUUGAACCGUGGACUUGUCUCAGGUGGCUCUUCAGGUGGUGAGGGAGCACUAGUGGGUGGACGAGGCUCGGUCGUUGGUAUUGGCACUGAUAUUGGUGGUUCGAUUCGCAUCCCAGCCGCUCUGCAAGGUAUAUAUGGCCUUUGCCCUUCUGCCUUCAGAAUAUCAUGGCGUAGAGCAGCCAAUCACCAGGAGUACUUGAUUCCUUCUGUUGCUGGACCUUUGACUUGGUCUCUGGACUCGCUCAAGACAUACAUGGAAGCCUACUGUUCGAGCAGCCCCUGGCAAAUCGACCCCAGUAUCCCACCUAUUCCAUGGCGAACCGAACUCACCAGGCUACCUUCUGACCACAAACUCAAACUCGGGUUCAUUCACAAUGACGGUUACGUGCUGCCUCAGCCACCCAUCCAGCGAGCAAUGAAUCAUGUCCGUGAACUUUUCACUGCAGCCGGUCACGAGUGUAUCGACUGGGACGCCUCCUCGCAAUCAACAUCCUACUAUGAACUUUGGGAACCAGCUAUCCUUGCGGACGGAGGCGAAGGCUGCGAAGUCGCCAGCAAUCUUUCAGAUCCUCCUCAACCACUCAUCGAGGGCAUGCUUGUUGGUAAACCCGAGCACAAACUUGAUAUACCACAGCGUCAAGGGUUGGCUCGCAAGAUUCUAGAGUAUAAGCAGAUGUAUGCUCANAAGAUGCUCGACUCAGGCGUCGACGCCAUCGUUGCGCCUGUGCUGCCAUGGGUUGGCUACAAACCUAAGCAAUGGGUCAUCAGCAGUCAAUAUGUCGGCUACAGUGCACAUUGGAAUCUACUUGACUAUUCUGCACUAACUGUGCCGACCGGUGUAGUUGCAGACAAGGAGUUGGACAGUGUCAAAGCCUGUGCUGGUUGGAAAGAGUAUACGCCAAAGAACAAGAGCGAUGAGUUUAAUCAUGCUCAAUUUGAUCUUGACCUGGUGGAAGGCAUGCCCGUAGGCGUGCAACUUGUUACCGGACACUACGGCGAAGAGAAAGCGAUCAUGGUUGCGGGGAUCCUAGAACAAUUGCGCAAGAGUUCGCAACACUAA